CCUCUGGCCGUGACUGAGUCUCCGAGCUUGAAGGCUACCAGAUCUGACUCUUCUUCGAAAUUUAGGGUUCCUGAUUUGGAUCGAUUGGUAGGAGCUAGGCCUUCGCUCAAUUCGAUCGGUCUGCAAGACUGCAACCAUGGCGAAAGGAAGGCAUUAUCGGAUGCCUAACAGGAAAUUUUCUUCGUUCACGCUCCUCUUAUCUAUGCUCCUCAUGCUGACCGUCGUUCUCUUGAUGCUUCUCGCCCUAGGAAUUUUCUCUAUUCCGGUCAACAACGAUGAUUCCCCGAAAGCUAACGAUCUCAGUUCAGUUCGCAUUAAGAAUGCCGUCAGAACUGGACUGGGUGAGAGAGACGAUCAAUGGACCGAAGUUAUCUCCUGGGAGCCAAGAGCCUUUGUUUAUCACAAUUUCCUGUCUAAAGAGGAAUGUGAAUACUUAAUUGAACUAGCAAAGCCUCAUAUGGAGAAGUCAACAGUUGUUGAUAGUGCCACCGGCCAGAGUAAGGAUAGCAGGGUGCGCACUAGCUCUGGAACAUUUCUCAGAAGAGGGCAAGAUAAAAUCAUUAGAGACAUUGAGAAAAGGAUUGCUGACUUCACUUUCAUACCUGCAGAGCAUGGGGAAGGGCUGCAAAUCCUCCACUAUGAAGUUGGACAGAAAUACGAACCUCACUAUGAUUACUUUAAUGAUGAAUUUAACACUAAGAAUGGUGGUCAACGGAUAGCUACUGUUCUCAUGUAUCUCUCUGAUGUUGAAGAAGGUGGCGAGACGGUAUUUCCUGCUGCCAAAGCAAAUUUCAGUUCUGUCUCAUGGUGGAAUGAAUUAUCUGAAUGUGGAAAGAAGGGUCUCUCUGUUAAACCAAAGAUGGGUGAUGCAUUGCUUUUCUGGAGCAUGAGUCCUGAUGCUACUCUAGACCCUUCUAGUUUGCAUGGUGGCUGCCCUGUGAUUAGAGGAAAUAAGUGGUCAUCGACAAAGUGGAUGCAUAUUAAUGAGUACAGGGUCUAAACUACUGUGAUAAAGAUCCGUUUGGCAGGUUAUGGAUGAAUUUUCCCAGGUGGUUAUUGUUGUAGUCUUAUGUAACAAAUGUUGUCAGAAAUUUUAGCCAUAGCUCAUGUCUUGUUGGGCCCUGAGAUCCAUGAUGUAUCCUAUGACACAGGUGCCUUCAAAUUUUGAUAGGCUACUGCAUCUCCGCUAACUAGUAUUCAGGUUGGUUGACAGCAGCAUUUCCACCACCUUCUAAGAAAUAAAAACUGGUUUACCUUUUGUUAAUUUGUUUGGGGGAGUUUAUCUUUGUCAGAGUUACAAUUCUUGGAAGAUGUAGGGGUGGUGGGGGGCUGUUUAUAAACGUUACUCUGAUACUGAACUGUAAAAGCACAUGAACUUUUAAAUGAAAAUAUAACAGUUUGAGUUGAUUGAUUUGUUUCCC